GUGAACUUCAACAAAACAUGUCAAUUAGCUAUAUAAAGCCCAAUGUAAAUAUCAGCCACUCCUUGCCUAUCAUCUCAAAAACGAAUGAUAAUGACAAGUGGGCGAAACCAACACAGCGCGCGCCACUCUUUCGGCCCUGUCCCUGCAGCGCCAACGUGGCGCACUCGUUAUUUGAGGGCCUCCCCGACUCCUUCUCAAGCAGCCUGGCUCAGCGGUGGGUUCGCCCGAGGAUGCCGUCUUUACGUCCGCAACCUAUCACUCAUGCUAAAACGUCCUCUCCCCUUUUCUUAAUCCCAAUAAUGGUACCACCGACAUUUCUUUGGACCAUUUAAAGCAUGGCAGGAUGCAGCAAAUGCCAUCUUUAUCCGGGUAUCCUGUGGGUGCAAGAAUGAGAAUUUUUAAGAACACUUGUAUCGAUCAACUCCCCGUGUGAACGUUUCAAGUUCCUGCUCGUUUGGGCUUUCAGAAUGGUUCCCUGGUCCCAGAGCUCCUGACGCCGUUCCGUGUGCUCCUAUAAUGUGUGCCUUGACAAGCGGAAGAAAAGUGGUUGAGGUAUGAAAAGAUAUCCAGGGAGUAUCCAAGCCUGGUUUGUGGUGUGUGCGCUCGUGGGUAGUUGCACGCUGGCAGGUUGGUCGGCGGUAAUGGGUCGGAGCGGCAUAUAAAGUCGGUAGGUGACACGUGGCGAACCCUCCCCCCAUGUGGUAUAUUGGUGUUUCUUUCGAAAUAACGUGGAAUAUGUAUAU